GGUAGUUUCACUUUUCCUCCGUGGCUUGUAAAGUGUUACGGUCUUUGAAAGAUAGAGAGAAACCGCCGUGAAACACUUGUAAGAUGGCAGAGCGGGGCAGAAUGGUGAGGGUGAGUGGUCUGCCUACAGACAUUGAGGAAGACAGACUGAAAGACAAGCUAAUUAUCCACUUCCUGAGGGUCAAGAAUGGAGGAGGGGAAAUAGACUUUGCCACUAUUGUCAAGGCGACACCCUUUUCGGCCCUCAUCACCUUUGAGGACAGUGCAGUGGCACAGAGAGUUAUUCAACAGAGCAAGCACAUUCUGGAAGUGGAUGGGAAGAAGUAUGAACUCGUUGUAACUGAGCAUCACGAACGCCUGGACCCAGACAAGGUCAUCUUAAAUUUGUCAGCGACUGUCGCCUACAGCCUGCUUCCCGGGGGAGUAUUGGCGUUGAAGAGCCUUCAUACGACCCACCCUGACGUCCAGAUAAACCACGAUGCAGAGGAAUUCUGUACAUUGUGUGGCGCCUACUCCAAAGUUCAGGCUGCCUUGGCUCAAUUGCUUGGCCAUCCUGGGUGCCCACAAUCAGAGGAAAACAAAGAGUCGGGGCAACCUGCGCCUAGUGGCUCCAGGUCUGUUCAGACAACAAAGAAGUCUCAUACUCAGGAGUCAGAAGAUCAGAGCAGAAAACCCAAUAAGCAAAGAGAACAAAGCAAGAAAGUCCACCUUAGCAGGCCGUCCGAUGAGUACAACUCAAGCUCAUAUAGAGACCUCACACCAAGUGGUUAUAACUGGGAAGAUACUGGCCAGACAGAGGGUGCAGAUCUGCAGUUUCCUGGGCAUCUUACCACAUCAGAGGAGGACUUCUCACUUAUUGUGGAUGCAGACAUGUUCCAGUAUCUGCAGAAACACUGUGGGAAAGAAUACCAGCAUAUCCUUAGUCAGUAUGGUGUUGGGGUGGUGGAUAUGACAAACCAGGGGUUGACUACUCUGUAUCUGCAGGUUACAACAGGAGAGGCAGAGGGUGGUCAAGAGCAAGAGCGCCUGGUGUUGGCAAAAAAGGCAAUAAGUGGGCUUUACCAAGAGAAUGAGACCAAGAUCCGUCGAGCUCAGCUCCCGAAGUGUAUCCUGUCCCCCAGGGGAGGACUGCAAAGGGCGAGAGAGAACUUAAAUGUCAGACUUCCUAAGCUUCUUCUGAGUGAGGAUGACAGAAAUAUUUAUAUUAUUGGGAGCAGUAGUGACGUGUCUGAAGCAAAGCAAUUCCUUCUCCUGGACCAAGACAAAGUGAGGGAUAAAAAAGAGGAUGUAGCCAGUCUUCGUAGAUAUCCUUCAUAUGAUUCAAGUUCAUUAACUCCUACUGAUGAGGUGAGAGUCCCCUUCACUAGGUACACCACUGAAGGGUCUCUGGAUGAUAGGAUAGAUCAGCUGCUGAGGUCAGGGGAUGAGGAGAGGAGAACUGAUGGAGCCAAAAGGUAUAAACUAGCAGCUCGGUUUAAGGAUACAGGGCUGUCUGCUUUAGGUAGUCGACCAACUGACUUCACUUUACGAGGGCUCUCAUCUCCCAGUAGACAAACGCGCCCUGGGCCAAUGUUGGGGCAUGACGUCCUGUCAGAAACAACAGGGACUUCUGGUGAAAGAUUCCCCAGAGCAGAAUCCCAAAACACCGGAGAGGAUAUCUUGUUUAAAGGUGGAGAUGCUUUGCAUUCAUUUACCUCUACGCAGAAUAAAACCCUGUUGACUUCAAAUUUAAUGGAUACUCGACCAAAGAGUUUAACAUCCCCCCUCAGCACUGCUCAGUCCAGUUUGUCAGGAAGUACUACACUUCCACCUGCAGGGUCUGGAUCCACCUUGAGGCGAGCCAAUAGUUUCUCAGGAACACCUCAGCAGAAGGCUCAGGUUAUGAGUCAGAAAAGUCACGACGACUCCAGCAAGUCCACAGCCAGAGCCAGGGGCAGUUCUUCCAGCUUCAGUACCCAAACAGUGAGGGACAAGCGGGAAGUCUGUAAUGCAGAGAUAACAGUUUCCUUGGUGAUGUGGCAGCACAUAAAAGAAGCCUACAGCACCCGAGUGGACGACCUGACUUCUGAUGUCCAGAUGAAAGAGGGCCGCCCAGAAAGCAGUGGUGAUCUUACUGUCACCAUAAGAGGGGCGAACUCGUCCAAAGUAAGUUCAUGUCAGCAAGGUCUACAGAAUCUGGUUGACUCGGUUUGUGUAGACUUCUCUGUGCAGGAGCUGCACUUGUCAGCACUGGGUGUUACUGAUCCAGCUGAUGAAACUUUACAGGCUUGUUGUGCUGAAGUCCGUAGCCGCUUCAAGAAGGUUACUAUCCAGAUUUUAAAGAAGAGCUUAUUUCUUCUUGGUCCAAAACAGUUGUGUUCUAAGGUAUGUGCUACACUGCAGGAGGUGUUUUCUGGAGAUUUGGCCCAAAUACCUGAACAACAGGUCAUCUCUAGCCCCUCUACCUCCAACUGGAAUCCGUCCACUUCUUCACAAAUGAAUGAGGAGCAAAGCACUGGUCUACACUGUAACAGUAAUCCUCAGGGGAGGCUAGAGAGCCAAACAGGCAAAGGCGACGGGACAGCUGGUGGACAGGAAAGGAGAACAAGCCAGAUGAGUGACUUUUGUGAGGCAGAGCUUGUGAACGGAUCAGUUAGCCAGCCAUUAGUGAGGAAAGAGCCUGUCAUUAAGGAGAAAGUGAAAAUUAUAAGUACAGUGGAGAUGGAUGGAUUGAAAAUUGAGACACUUGUCAACCACUCUACAGCAGGAAAUAAUAGAAAUGUGACAUGUGUGAAUGGUGUCGGGUCAACAACAGCCCGUACUGAUGAAGCCACAGCCCUUCAUAAGAAAGAGAGAACCAUGCAUUCAACCGAAAAGCAGAGUGUACAGCAAAGACAAGGAGAGAUCCAGGAUAUCCCAGAGGAGUCCAGGUUAGGUCAGGGAAACCUGGGCUGCCUCUGUGUGUGUGGGGACAAUGGGACGUCAGUGACGACAACCAAGUGUGGGAUCUCCAUGUGCUCAAAAUGCCUGGACACCGUGCACGUCCACUGCAAAAAUUGUUACGAGACAGCUCCGACUCCCCCGGGUUUCCGGGGCAAAAUGAGAUACUCUAAACUAGACAUCAGGGUACCUGGUCACAAGAGGGAAUCUGCUGUCAAGAUCACUUACAACAUUCCUGAUGGCAUCCAAGGGAUAGAUCACCCAUCUCCAGGAAAACCAUUUAAAGGAGGACAGUUUGAAGCCUUCCUCCCUGACUGCGAGAUGACGAGGAAUCUCCUGCCCAGGUUGGAGAAAGCCUUCAGGCAGGGACUCACCUUCACAGUGACAGGCAAAGAGGCAGGGGCCAAGGUCACCUGGGACUGCAUCCCACACAAGACCAGCCUACAGGGAGGCAAAUCAGGGAACGGUUACCCAGAUUCCACUUACUUGAGUCGCUUGUCUCAGGUCUUGACCUCCCAUGGGAUCCAAGAGCCACCAACCAAAUCUUAAGAAUAUACAAAAGUUCUCAUCUACUUUUAUACUCUUAAUUAAUUUGUGAUGUUUGAUGAUGUAUAUAGAAAUGUAGAUCUUUUUUUUUUACAUAAUAGAGAUAGUUCUAAUUGCAGCUAUUUUGGAUUUUUAAAAAUUUUAUAACCUGCCUCACCGUUGCUUUCUUUUAGAUAGACAGACGAGUUAUAAUUUUUCAUUUGUGACAAAUGAGACCAACCAUCACAUCUUCAUUAUUUCAAUAACAUUCCUGAAAACAGCUUGUUUUGUAAAGAUGUUUUUUGUACAGUAUUGUGUGCAUAUUACUGUAUAGAUAUAGAUUUUGUACGGUCCUGUUUUGGUUUUAAGAAAAGUAAGGAAACAGGAAGAAGAUAUUUGUAAAAUAUGAGUUUGUAAAAAUCUCUCGAGUUUUUUCAGAAUGGGCACAGAAAUAAAAAAGCACAUCUGAUGUUUUUUUGUUAUGCUUUUUUUAUUAGUCCUGGAAAACAUGUAAGGCAUAUGGUAACAUUACACACUGAAGCGUUACAAGCUCUAGAGGCCAUGUGGACAACAUGGCACCACGCAGUAAACCCAGAGUCAAGCACAGAAGCAGCAUCAAUUCAAAGGGUUUAAAAAACAAAGUCGAGACGAGAAGAGUGUUUGCAACCAGGAAGAAAACAACACAAGGAAGGACAGAGGAGAGGAGUGCUAGCUUAGAAAUCAACCUGUUGGGUAUGCCUUGUAGAAAAUUACCAGUGGUGACUGAACUCUAACAGGAGAUGUGUAGCGGGAUGGAUGUGAAGUGAGUUUCUGAAGCAUUCCCAGAGAUAGGUUAAGGUGUAUCAUGAAAGCACCAGCUGGCCAUGAGAGAGCCCAUGCUGAAGGUGAGGACAGGGAGUCAGGUGGCACAGGGGGGGCAGUGGAUUGGCUUCAGCUGGCAACUUGAUACGACUGGAAGGGCAUUCUCACUCCCUGACACCACGCCGCUACAUGACUACUAAACUAACGUGGAAAGAGACGGUGAGCUGUACAUACACACAUGCCUUAUUAUCUGGUCGACUAAACAUGCAUCCUAGUACUGUACACGACAAGCCCAGCCAGGUUGUACUUUCUUAGCAUCUCUGCAAUGUUUGCUGUGAUGUGGCUGCAUUGCAAAAAACCUUUAAAAUGACUGCUAAGGAAACAAUAGCUGCAGGCAGAUGUGGCUGUUUUGGGUUCUGAGUUGGGUUCUGAGUGUGGAUGAGUGAAGACAGUGGCUCUGUAUCUGGAAAUGACCCACUGACAGAACCUCUCCUUUUGACUCGCAAUACUAAAGCUUACAUCAAACAUUGAUGGCGUGAAGGAAAAUUGGUGUGACAGUUUGUGCAGUGAACUCAAUGAAACGGAGUGAUGUUGUGUUUGUUAUUGAAUGCAAAAUGAAGUGGUUUCUUACAUGACGAAAAACGCUGUUUGGAAUGACCUGAGAAACCAUAUAAAAGAGAAAGAAAUUCACCUCAAAGCUGAACGGUGGGUGCCUGUGAGGGACUUCAGCUACACAAGCCAAGACAGACAGAAGAGUAACUAUUGGAAAUACUACACUCAUUGUCUUAGUGUGUUUUUCAGACCUAAAACUACGAGUGUUGAUUAGUAAAAUCAAAUCUAAAACUGCAACUGUUCAGAAAAUUACCACUUUGUGUACUUUUAGUUUGAAACACUGUUUUUCUCCCGCAUAUCUCUGAGUUGCUAAGUACUCUUGCAUAAGUGUCUGGAAUGACUGGGAAACCAUUUCAAGAUGACAUACAUUGCAGCUUCACCAUGGUGGAAAAGCUCUCAGGCAGCAGGCCAAAGUAGAGAGGGGGUGGGCUUGAGUUUAACCAACAGAUCCAGUCGAACCCCAACCCCCAGACAUGAAACACCCGCCCCACUGAUUGAGUUCAUCUCAAAGGCAUCUUAGCUCUGAAGAACCAAGUGGAAAAUGUUGAAAGAAAAAAAAAAAUUAUAAUCCGUUUUCCACAUGCAGAUGAAUGCAUGCAAUUUCAAAUUCCAGAUGUCAGAGCAGGGUUUUAUUUGCAAUGGAUGUGAAUGGAGGGAGAAGGAGAGGGGGUUUUGGCUGGCUGGCUGGCUGGCUGCUGCUGCUGCUGCUGCUGCUGCUGCUGGACUGCGACUGUAGCACCGGCCAAGGCGCUCUGCGGAUGCAGCACAGGAAAAGAGGAACGACUCUAAUAAUCCUUGAGUGAACUGAGAUCAGCUGUAAAGCGGAAAUGUUGUGUCUGGGGCAGGCCAGGGCUGAGCUAUGAUCAGCCAAUAAGCUGGGGUCUUACACAGCUGCGUUACAGUAUUAGCAUCCCUGCAACAGCUGUGCAAAAACAUCUGCUCCCUCGCUUGCUAUACAAGCCAUUUGGAAACAAACUGAAAGAAACAGAAAUCCAUAGAGAGGGAUACCAUGGAGAUUUGGAUUUGGAAGAAUUUUGUAAUUUCUGUGAAUCUAUAUGUCUUUUGGUGGAGUUUUGAACCUUAAAUGCACCUUAUCCAGUUCCUUCUCACUGUGAUACUGAUAUUAUGAUGUAAACAAGUAGGAGGAAUCAACCUGUUGUGGUCGUCAUGAUGUAAGAGCUGGUAAAACACAGUGAAAAGGACAUAAAGAUGGAGGGAGGCGCCUCGGACUGAGGUAAGCUGUGUGCAAGGAGAGAGGCACAGUGCAGGCCUUCGCUUGAGAAAGACUCCAACCAAUCAAAAACUACAAAUUGUGUUAAACCUUUUGUAAACUGCAGCAAAAAUUCUGUCAGCACCCAUGAGCAUUUGGGAUACAAAUCUGACACAACUCUUUUGUAUUUCCAUUUUUUCUUCAAGGUUGACGGAAAUGCAUCCAAAAAACAGAAUUUUCUUCAUAUUUUUUAUGCACUGUUAAUAUUCAAAGCAUUGACAGAGGAAUAUACAUACAAUUUGGCACACAUGGUUCAGACCAACAGAAAGACUUUGUCACAUUUAAAAGGAGUGCAGGUUGGCAGGUCCCCACAUAAAGAGUAUGAGCUUUGAACUUUAAACCCUUGGAUAACAAAAAAAAAAAAAAACAAAAACAAA